CUCUUUAUAAGGAGAGAUACUCUGAGAAAGAGGACAUUGUGGGGACCCACUCCCCGUGAUGUUUUCUUGGUUGCCUGUUCCCUUUUCUACCCACAGAAGCACGGUUCCCACAAGGGCAGCAGGAUCAGCCUCCUCUCUCAUCUGGAAGACCACCACUGUGGGGUCUCAGAGGAAUGAUGGAAGCCUUGGGAUUCCUAAAAUUGGAAGUGAAUGGCCCCAUGGUGACAGUGGCCCUGUCAGUGGUUCUCUUGGCCCUCCUGAAGUGGUACUCCACGUCAGCAUUCUCAAGACUGGAGAAGUUAGGCAUCAGACAUCCCAAGCCUUCUCCUUUUAUUGGAAACUUGACGUUUUUCCGCCAGGGUUUUUGGGAAAGCCAAAUGGAGCUCAGAAAGCUGUACGGACCUCUGUGUGGGUACUAUCUUGGUCGUCGGAUGUUUAUUGUUAUUUCCGAGCCGGACAUGAUCAAGCAGGUGUUAGUCGAGAACUUCAGUAACUUUACCAACAGAAUGGCAUCGGGUUUGGAGUUCAAGUCUGUAGCCGACAGUGUUCUGUUUUUACGUGACAAAAGGUGGGAAGAGGUCAGAGGUGCCCUGAUGUCUGUUUUCAGUCCUGAAAAGCUGAACAAGAUGGUUCCCCUCAUCAGCCAAGCCUGCGACCUUCUCCUGGCUCAUUUAAAACGCUAUGGAGAUUCUGGGGACGCAUUUGACAUCCAGAGGUGCUACUGCUGUUACACCACAGACGUGGUUGCCAGCGUCGCCUUCGGCACCCCGGUGGACUCCCAGCAGGCCCCUGAGGAUCCCUUUGUGAAACACUGCAAGCGUUUCUUCGAAUUCUGCAUCCCUAGACCUAUCCUGGUUUUACUCUUAUCAUUUCCAUUCAUAAUGGUCCCACUGGCCCGGAUUUUGCCCAAUAAGAAGCGAGAUGAACUGAAUGGCUUUUUUAACAAACUCAUUAGGAAUGUGAUUGCCUUGCGGGACCAGCAAGCUGCCGAAGAGAGGCGGAGAGACUUCCUCCAAAUGGUCCUGGAUGCCCGACAUUCUGCAAGUCCUGUGGAUGUGCAAGACUUUGACAUCGUCAGAGACGUCUUCUCCUUUACUAAGUGCAAGCCGAACCCUUCCCGGCAACACCAGCCCAGAGCCAUGGCCAGGCCUUUGACUGUGGAUGAGAUUGUGGGCCAGGCCUUCAUCUUCCUCAUCGCUGGGUAUGAAAUCGUCACCAACACACUUUCUUUUGCCACCUACCUACUGGCCACCCAUCCCGACUGCCAAGAGAAGCUUCUGAGAGAAGUGGACCUUUUUAAGGAGAAACACGCGGCCCCUGAGUUCUGCAGCCUCGAGGAAGGCCUGCCCUACCUGGACAUGGUGAUUGCAGAGACGCUGAGGAUGUACCCACCAGCUUUCAGGUUCACACGGGAAGCGGCUCAGGACUGUGAGGUGCUGGGGCAGCAGAUCCCCGCAGGCGCCGUGCUGGAGGUGGCCGUGGGUGCCCUGCACCAUGACCCAGAGCACUGGCCAAGCCCCGAGACCUUCGACCCUGAACGGUUUACGGCUGAGGCCCGGCGGCAGCACCGGCCCUUCACGUACCUGCCCUUUGGGGCCGGCCCACGCAGCUGCCUCGGGGUGCGGCUGGGGCUGCUGGAAGUCAAGCUGACACUGCUCCACGUGCUGCACAAGUUCCGGUUCCAAGCCUGCCCUGAGACCCAGGUGCCACUGCAGCUAGAAUCCACAUCUGCUCUAGGUCCAAAAAAUGGUGUCUAUAUCAAGAUUGUACCCCGCUGACACAGACGGCCACCAGGGGAAGGAGGGUACCCCCAAAUUCAAAAUAAGUCCUGAGUGUGAAAAUUCAGAUUUUUGGGAAAAUGUCACUGAAGUGAUUGAAAGAGUCCUGGCCUGCAAGGAUAAAAGAAGUUAUCUCUGUAACAUUCCCUAAAUGCUUAAUAAACGUUUGUUGCACUUGGUUUUGACAUUGCCA